UUUAUUGAACUCAGGUACAUUCUAUAAUAGCUGUAUUAAAGUUUUUAUUUUGGAUUUGUGGUGAGUUGCAGUGCUUUGUCAAGGCUUUCGUGCUUAAAAGGGCAUUUUGCGUUUUGCUACCUCAGUUCAUCAAUCUCAGAUUUGGCAGCAUUGGAACACUACUGUUAUUUUUUGGAUUGAAGGAUCUUGACUUAGGUGUUUGAGUAUCAUCGGUUUGGCAACACAAACACAACCACUGCCAUAUUUUUCAGUCGUAAUCUGAAUCACUGCAGUACUAUACCGUGGAUAUAGCCAUGGCAGCCCACGGUGCCACCUCUUCAUCAUCCUCUUCAAAGUUCUGGAAGUACGAUGUGUUCUUGAGCUUUAGAGGCGAAGACACACGCAAGGGCUUUACGGGCCAUCUCCACACAGCAUUGGAAGAAAAGGGCUACAAGGCCUUUAUUGAUGAGGACGAUCUGAAAAGAGGGGAUGAAAUAAAGCCCGAACUGUUGCGGGCCAUCGAAGAGUCGAGGAUCUCUAUCAUUGUAUUCUCAAAGAGGUACGCGGAUUCGAGUUGGUGUCUCGACGAGCUGGUGAAAAUCAUGGAGUGCAGAUCCAAACUGGAACAACAUGUUUUGCCAAUAUUCUAUGAUGUUGAAGCUUCAGACAUCAGGAAGCAGGAAGGUAGUUUAGCCCCAAUGUUUCAGAAGCACGAAGAGAACAUCCGUAAAGAAGAAGAUGACAAAAAAGGGGAAGCCAAGAGAGAAAGGGUCGAGCAAUGGAGAGAGGCUCUUACUGAAGCUGCAAACUUGUCUGGUCACGAUCUUAAAAACACUGAGAACGGGCAUGAAGCAAAGCUUAUUAAGAAAAUUAUUUAUGAGAAUCUUUGGAAAUGGCUCCCCAGAACAAAAAAAUUACAUGUGGCCAAGUUCCCAGUUGGAAUCAAUUCUCGUGUUCAAGAAAUUAUCACUUAUCUUUCAAGUGCUGAAGGAAAUAAGGUUCUCAUGGUUGGAAUUUGGGGGAUGGGUGGAUUGGGUAAAACAACAGCUGCUAAAGCCAUUUAUAACCAAAUUCAUCAUGAGUUUGAAUUCAAAAGUUUCCUUGCCGACGUUAGCGACACUACAAGUAAACAUGGCCUGGUUCAUUUGCAAAAAAAACUAAGUUCUGACAUCAUGGAUCAAGAGAUUAAAAUAAGCACUGUUGAUGAAGGUAUCUGUUGGAUAGAAAAGCAAUUUUCACAUAGAAGGGUACUUGUCAUCAUGGACAACAUAGAUGGAGUGGAACAACUCAAUGCAAUAGCUGGAAAUCACAAGUGGUUUGGUCCAGGAAGUAGAAUUAUCAUAACAACACGAGAUAAACAUCUACUACUAAAAGUGGACAAAGUAUAUCCGGCUCAGAUAUUGAAUAAAGAAGAAGCUCUGGAACUCUUUAGUUGGCAUGCAUUUGGAAAUAGACGGCCUAACGAAGGAUAUUUUCAACUCUCAGAAAAAGUUGUUUCUUAUUGUGGAGGUUUGCCACUAGCCCUUGAAGUUUUAGGUUCUUUUUUGUGUGAAAGACCCCCAAAAGUGUGGAUUAGUCAAUUGGAGAAAUUGGAAAGAACUCCUGAUGGAAAAAUAAUAAAACCACUAAGAAUGAGCUUUGACGGGCUAGAUGAUAUGGAGAAGGCUACAUUUCUUAACAUAUCUUGUUUCUUUAUUGGAGAGGAUGAGGACCGUGUUGCAAAAUUGUUAGAUGUAUGUGGAUUUUCUGCAACAGUAGGAAUCAACGUCCUCUGUGAACGAUGCCUUGUAACUGUUGAAGGCAACAAGUUGAAUAUGCAUGAUUUGCUUCGAGAAGUGGCCCGAGUAAUCAUUUCUGAAAAAUCUCCUGGUGACCCUGGAAAAUGGAGCAGGUUGUGGAAUCGUGAAGUUGUCACCAAUGUAUUGACAUAUAAAUCUGGAACUGAAGAAGUUGAAGGACUUGCUCUUCAUUUGCCUUAUGGUUAUGACAAUGCUAGUUUCAGUACAGAAGCAUUUGCCAAUAUGAAGAAACUGAGACUACUUCAUCUCAAAAACGUACGGCUUAAUGGAGAAUACAAACAUCUUCCCAAAGAGUUAAUAUGGUUUCGCUGGAAACUAUGCCCUUUAAAGUCCAUACAAGAUGACUUUUUUAAUCAACCAAGACUAGUUGUUUUAGAGAUGCAGUGGAGCAAACUGGUACAAGUUUGGGAGGGUUCCAAGUCCCUACAUAACUUGAAAACCCUUGAUCUCAGCUAUUCCCGUUCCUUACAGAAAUCACCGGACUUUUCACAAGUCCCAAAUCUUGAAGAGUUGAUAUUGGAAGGGUGUGAGAGUUUGACCGAGAUUCACCCCUCCAUUGGUCAUCUUAAAAAACUUUCUUUGGUGAACCUUUCAGGAUGUCAUUAUAAGCUUAUUUCUCUUCCAAGGGAUUUCUAUAAAUUGAAAUCUGUUGAGAUUCUUCUUCUUAAUUACUGUCGAAAAUUCAGAGAACUGCAUGAGGAUAUAGGGGAGAUGAUAUCACUGAGAACACUUGAAGCAAAGCAAACAGACAUAAGAGAAGUACCACCUUCCAUAGUAAGAUUGAAGAAUCUCAUUCGUUUAUCCCUUGACCACAUCAGCGUAGAGCUCAAAGGAGAAGACAAACAUCUUCCCAAAGAGUUAAUAUGGUUGCGUUGGGACCUAUGCCCUUUAAAGUCCAUACCAGGUGACUUUUUUAAUCAAGAUAAACUAGUUGUUUUAGAGAUGCAGUGGAGCGAACUGAUACAAGGUUGGGAGGGUUGCAAGUCGCUUCAUAACUUGAAAACCCUUGAUCUCUGUUAUUCCCGUUCCUUACAGAAAUCACCGGACCUUUCACAAGUCCCAAAUCUUGAAGAGUUGAUAUUGGAAGGGUGUGAGAGUUUGACCGAGAUUCACCCCUCCAUUGGUCAUCUUAAAAGACUUUCUUUAGUGAACCUUAAAGACUGUCAUAAGCUUAUUUCUCUUCCAAGGGAUUUCUAUAAAUUGAAAUCUGUUGAGACUCUUCUUCUUAAUAUGUGUUCAAAAUUCAUAGAACUGCAUGAGGAUAUAGGGGAGAUGAUAUCACUGAGAACACUUGAAGCUGAGCGAACAGCCAUAAGAGAAGUACCACCUUCCAUUGGUCAUCUUAAAAGACUUUCUUUGGUGAACCUUAGAGACUGUCAUAAGCUUAUUUCUCUUCCAAGGGAUUUCUAUAAAUUGAAAUCUGUUGAGACUCUUCUUCUUAAUUACUGUCGAAAAUUCAGAGAACUGCAUGAGGAUAUAGGAGAGAUGAUAUCACUGAGAACACUUGAAGCAAAGCAAACAGACAUAAGAGAAGUACCACUUUCCAUAGUAAGAUUGAAGAAUCUCACUCGUUUAUCCCUUGAUCGCAUCAGCGUAGAUCUCAAAGGAGAAUACAAACAUCUUCCCAAAGAGUUAAUACAGUUGCGUUGGGAAGAUUGCCCCUUAAAGUCCAUACCAGAUGACUUUUUUAAUCAAGAUAAACUAGUUGUUUUAGAGAUGCGGUGGAGCAAUCUGGUACAAGUUUGGGAGGGUUCCAAGUCCCUUCAUAACUUGAAAACCCUUGAUCUCAGCUAUUCCCUUUCCUUACAGAAAUCAUCGGACUUUUCACAAGUCCCAAAUCUUAAAGAGUUGAUAUUGGAAGGCUGUUGGAGUUUGUCCGAGAUUCACCCCUCCAUUGGUCAUCUUAAAAGACUUUCUUUGGUGAACCUUAGAAGGUGUCACAAUCUUUGCUCUCUUCCAAGGGAUUUCUAUAAGUCGAAAUCUGUUGAGACUCUUCUUCUUAAUAGGUGUUUGAAAUUCAGAGAAGUGCAUGAGGAUAUAGGGGAGAUGAUAUCACUGAGAACACUUGAAGCAGAGCAAACAAACAUAAGAGAUGUACCACCUUCCAUAGUAAGAUUGAAGAAUCUCACUCGUUUAUCCCUAUCAGAUGUGGAAAGUAUUCAUUUGCCACAUUCGUUACACGGCUUAAACUCUUUAAGGGAAUUACAUCUCUCACGUUGCCGAUUAGCUGAUAAUGAAAUCCCUAAGGAUCUUGGGAGUCUAAUUUCUUUACAAGUUUUGGAUCUUUCAGGGAAUGAUUUUCAUACCCUACCCAGUCUCAGUGGUCUUUCAAAGCUUGAAUUUCUGCGGUUAGAUUAAUGCUUUAACCUUCGUACAAUCCUUGAUAUACCACCAGAUGUGAAAGUUCAGCAUGUGAUUCUCCCAAACUCACUGAGGCUCCACGCUUGGAUAAGUUAUUAAAUUCAAACCCCAUGACAUGGACUGAUAUGAAAAGGUUUACCAAUCUCAUAGCUGAUUUUGGCAAGAACAUCAUACAGGUAUCUCUCUCCCUUCUCCCCCUCUCUCCCCUAAGUUCUAAUUGCCUUCCUAUUAUGCGCAUGCAGAUUCCUAUGGUUUUUCCAAAACAUAGUUGUUUUGAAUUUUGAAGAUAUAUUGCAUUCAGAAACAUUUCAAUAUUACAAGAACCGAUAUAAGAUGCA